AUGUUCCUUAGUCUGGGGCACCACGCGACGACGCUGACGUUGGUAAUCGGUACGCUAGAUUUACUGUACGGUGCAAUCAUAUUCCCUAAGAUACCGGAUGUGUUAAAUCCGCCUGUUCCGGACAGUGUAGAUCUGGUGGAACAGUCUGCAUAUCUACAGAGUGAUGAGCAAGAUCCAGAAGUGACACCCGGAUUGUUCCAGGGCGAUAUGGCCAUGGAUAAUAGUAUGUACAAGUAUUGGAGAGUGGGCCUCAAAUGGGACGUUUUCCCGGAGCGACUGUGGCCCAAUCGGACCGUGCCGUAUGCCAUCAGUCCACUGUACGAUGUCGACGACCAGGUGACGAUCUUGAAGGCAAUUCGAACGUUGAAUUUCAUGACUUGCGUACGAUUCGUACCGUGGAACGGAAAGGAUAAGGAUUUCCUUCUCAUUUGGCCCAUCAAAUAUCCGAAGGGCUGCUGGAGUUACGUUGGUAAGACGGGCGGUGCUCAGAUAGUUUCGCUUCAGCCGCCGGAUCAUCAGAGUAUCAACUGUCUCGGCCACGAAGGACGAGCCAUGCACGAACUGAUGCAUGCGCUCGGAAUUUUUCACGAGCAGUCCCGUUCCGAUCGAGACCGGUUCGUAAAGAUCAACUGGGAUAACAUAAUUCCGGCGUUCAAAUCAAACUUCGAAAAACAAUCGCUGAAAAACACUACCUACAGCUUCGAGUACGACUACAACAGCAUCAUGCACUACGGUAAAAGUUACUUCAGCAUCGGCAAAGGAAAGCCCACGAUCGAAACGAAAAUGCCCAACAUUAAGCUCGGGCAGCGGCAGGCCCUCAGCCAAACCGACUGCCUGAAGAUCAACGAUUUGUACGAGUGCCUGGACAAUCCGCGGCUCAGCAAAAAGUACUACAAUCUGUGCAAAACGCUGGGGAUUUAA